AUGGAAAAUAUUAUUCAACAAAAUGCAAUUUUAUCUCAAUCGAAUCAAGAUUCACGAUUAAAUCGUUCAUUAGAAACAAGUCAAGUUGUUGCGGUUGCUGCAUCUAUUAAUUUAAAAAAUCUUCUUUCUUAUCAAGAUGUUAUGAAUGCAAUUGAACGUGAUUAUCAUUUACAUGAAGGACAAGAACGUGAAAUAAUUAUGAAAUUAUGGUUAAAAGGACAAACAAUGAUUGCAAUUUUACAACGUUUUAGAUAUUUAUUACAAGAUCUUCAUAUAGAUGAUAAAGAUUUUUCUGAAGGAUUAAAACAAAUACGUGAAAAACUAAAUUAUGCUCAUCGUGAUGUAUAUUAUCUUCAAGAAAAAAAUCUUAUACUUAAAAAUCAAAAUCAUUUUCUUGAAAAUGAAUUUAAACGACAAUUAGAUAAAAUAGUUGAAGAAAAAAAUGAACAUAUUAAUCGACUUAUACAUAUUAUUGAUCAAACAUAUACACGAUCAACUCAAAUAAAUAAUCAUAUUAAUGAUGAAUAUUAUUCAUCAAAAGCUGAAAAAUUAUCAAAAAAAGUUAUGGAACAAAAUAUUGAAUUACAACAUGAAAUUGAAACAUUUCGUUCUAAACUUGAUUAUAUUGUAACAUAUAUUAAUCAAAAAUUGGAUCAACAAAAAAUAAUAACGACAACAUCAACAUCAUCAUCUUUAUCUAUACAUCAAUUAGUAUUUGAAACUAUGCAACAAACAGAAAUGAAAUUACUUGAAUUUAAAUUAAAAUUUAUUUCACAACAAGAAGAAAAUGAUCUUUUAAAAUAUUUAAUGGAAAAAUCACAAAAUAUAUCAGAUAUUGAACAAACAAAAUUAUUUUCUAUUAUUCAACAACGUUCACUUGAACGUGAAAUUGAUCUUGUUCGUCAAGAACUUGAAAUUACAGAGAAAAAAACUAUUCAAUUUGAACAAACAUUUGAUAAUUCAGAUGAAGGAAUUAAAUUUCAUAUGGAAAAUCUUAAAUUAAAAUGUGAUAAUAAAAAUAUUGAACUUGAAUUUGAAUUAUUACGUUUACGUGAACGUUAUAAUGAAUUAAUUGAACAUACAAAUACACUUAAAUAUGAAUUAAAUAAUGCACAAAAACAAUUACAUGAAAAAGAAAAAGAAAAAAUUGAACCAAAUUUAAAUGUUGAUUUGGAAAAAGAACGACGACGUGCAGAUGAAUUUGAAAAUGAUUAUAAAUCUUUAAAAAUAAAAUAUGAUGAUGUAUGUGAACGUAUUCGUAUAGCUACACAUCAAUUAGAACAUGUACAAAUUGUACUUGAAGAAACAUCACGUCGUUGUGAACAAUUAGAAAAAGAAAAGUCUGAAAUUAAUGCUCAAUCUGAAUAUCUUUCACAAAAUGUUCUUAAUGUAACAUCAAAAUAUAAAGAUAAAUUAAAUAUAAUUAAAGUUCGUUGUGAUGGAAUUCGAGAAAGUGUUAUGGUAACAAAAAUAUUUGAUGUUAAAAUUAUUCCAUCAGAUCAUUCAUUAUCGGAUGAAUAUGAAAAUCGAUAUUUAUAUGAAUUACAACAAGAACGAAAGGUAAAAAAUUUCAAUAUGAUAGAUAAUAAAUAA